UGACCCCGUGAUGAUGAUUAAAACAUUCACACAGGUAGUUGUCUGAGCACUAGUACUGUGUCUCGUUCUUUUGACGUAUAUUUUAAAGUAUCUUCUCAGAUUGUGGCCGAAAUGAAGACUUCUACCCUGAUCGUUCUGUUGCUGGGGAUCGCGCUGCCAUGCUUCCAGUCAGCUCCCGCGCCACAAACUUUCGACAAAGACACGGAAGCCAAACUGAUCGCCGCGCUGAGAGCAGCGAAGGGGCUGAAGAUAAACCACCAGGAGGUGAAGGGUAUGGAGACAAUGAUUGAAGACGAGGAGGCGGACAAAGACCCCGAAGCAGAAUCGGACACCGUCAAGGACGAGAUCGCCCUGGCCUUCAAGCGGAUCAUGAUGAUGGACCCAGGCGCCGAGAUACGCCUGAAGGACGAGGUCCGCAGCAUCAUCGGGCCUGAAAAAGCGGAGGCCGUCUUUGAACAGGCGGAGAAAAUCAUGUGGGAGGAGCUUCAACAGCAAGCGAAGCUUGACAAAGAGCUGAAUCUGAAGAAGAGCGAGAAGAAGGCGUUUGGCAAACUCGUGAAUGACGUGGAACACGGGAAAGACCCGCUUCACGAACGUAAGAAAAUCGAGCAGAGAAUGAGGGAAGACGCUGCCAAGAUUAUGGCACUGUCCCCGGAGGAACAAGAGGAAGAAAAAGACAUGUUCUAUGCAGAGUACGGACAAGAAACGGGAGAUAAAGUGUUCCAAGCGCUCAGAAUCAUCCACGAGGCGGCAGUAAAGAAAGGUGCUGCUGUCAAAGCCGCAAAAGUGGAACUGCAGGAAGCGAACGCUGCCACCAGCUAAAGGCAGGAGGAAGGACAGCCUCUACCAGGCUUCGGGAGGCGGCUGGAAAGUGUAGAAAUUGGCCAAAUGGAUAUAUAACAUGCAUAGGGAAUUGGUGCGCUAUAGAGAGUACGUUAGAUGUGGCAAAAUGUACUCUCUAGCGGACCAACUCCCCGGUAUGUUAUCUCUCUAAUUGGCCAAUUUCUACUCAUCGGCCGCCUCCCGAAGCCUGGUAAAAGCUAGAACAGGGGACCAGCGGGGCUUCCAGCGCCUUUAGGAGAUAUACAACUGUUGUCUGAAGCAGUAAACAAUAGGAAUAGGUGUACAAACGUACGGACGCACAUGGAUUCAGCUCGAAUUUUGAAACUGGCGAUUUCGUUGAUCUUUUGUUUAUUUCGGAAUCCUUUAGCCAUACGGCUAGUCUUACAAGGCUCAAAUAAAAAA